GAUGUUGAACUAGGAGAACAACAAGGUGGAGAUCAAGGUUUAGAAGAUUUCUUCAAAAAGGUUCAAGAUAUUGAUAAACAGUAUGAUAAGCUAGAUAAGCUUCUAAAGAAACUUCAGGCUGCCCAUGAAGAGUCAAAGGCUGUGACCAAGGCUCCUGCCAUGAAGGCAAUAAAGAAGAAGAUGGAAAAGGACGUUGAUGAAGUUGGAAGUAUUGCCCGUUUCAUAAAGGGGAAACUUGAGGAGUCGGACAGAGAGAACUUGGCAAAUAGACAAAAACCUGGAUGUGGGAAAGGAUCUGGUGUGGAUCGAUCAAGAACAGCAACUACACUUUCCUUAAAGAAGAAGUUGAAAGACAAGAUGGCUGAGUUUCAGGUUCUACGAGCGAAUAUUCAACAAGAGUAUCGUGAUGUUGUCGAUAGGCGUAUCUAUACAGUAACUGGGGAGCGGGCAGAUGAAGAUACUAUUGAUGAAAUGAUUGAAACUGGAAACAGCGAACAGAUCUUCCAGAAAGCGAUUCAGGAGCAAGGAAGAGGACAGGUAAUGGACACCUUGGCGGAAAUCCAAGAACGUCAUGAUGCUGUCAGAGACUUGGAAAAGAAACUUCUUGACUUACAACAAAUUUUCUUGGAUAUGGCGGUUUUGGUUGAUGCACAAGGAGAAAUGCUUGACAACAUAGAGUCUCAGGUGUCAAGUGCAGUAGAUCACGUGCAAUCAGGAAACACGGCUCUUCAAAGAGCAAAGAGCUUACAGAAGAACUCAAGGAAGUGGAUGUGUAUUGCUAUUAUCAUCCUCCUUAUUGUGGUUGCAGUGAUCGUUGUUGGUGUUCUCAAGCCUUGGAAAAAUAAGAGUGCUUGAGGAAAUCCAGAGAAUGUACAAAGAAAAAAAGCAAAUUAUAUCAAUCCUUUGCACGGCUUCGAGUGAGAGAGUGUUUUGUUUAUGAUGUGUGUGUGUUUUUUUUUUACCAGGAAACAUAAAAACAACAAAAUUCUAUAUUCUUUUAACUGGGAUCAAACAAACCAAUUUUCUCUUUUCAUUGUGCAAUUUAACGUGGAUAAGUUUCAUAA